UCUAGGGCUUACUGUUACCUCAGACAGCCAAAUCACAAAUAGGUGUGAAGACACAUCACUUCUGGAUACGUGAAAUGGCUUAUUUUUAUCUACUGCCAGUAAUACUGCUGGUGAUUUUCGUUGCUUCAUUCAUAUUAGCAAUCAGAAGAACAAUUCAAACUGAGUUUGCCAAUUGUAGCAUCCCUCCUGAAGUGAACAAUCCUGGAAGACUUCGAAUUAUUGUUGCUCUUUUGAUCGUUUCAUCUACCCUGGGCAGAAUUUUCGAGAAGAUAGAGCUGUGCAGCAGCCUGACCAUCAAGCGCCUCGUGUUCUCGGGGCGGCGGCCGGACCCGAAGCCGGGGGUGCUGCAGGAGGACACGCGGUUCGGCCCGGUGCCCGUGCGCCUGUACCGGCCCCGCUCGCCGCCUGCGAGCCCGCGCCCCGCCGUCGUCUUCUUCCAUGGGGGCGGCUGGAUCUGCUGCAGCCUCGAUUCCCAUGAAAAGAUCUGCCAGUACAUCGCRGAGGAAAGUGGCUCGCUGGUGGUGUCGGUGGGGUACCGUUUAGCCCCUGAGCACAAAUACCCCGCUGCSUAYGAAGACUGUCUGAACGCCACCCAGCACUUCCUGCAGCACCUGGAGCUCUAUGGYGUGGAUYCUGCCCRGRUCAUUGUCUGUGGGGACAGYGCUGGGGGCAACCUGGCAGCUGCUGUGAGCCAGACCCUGGCAGGCAGCUCAGAGCAGCCCAAACUCCGUGCUCAGAUCCUCAUCUACCCAGGCCUUCAGGCACUGGACUUCAAUUUGCCAUCCUAUCAACAAAAUCAGGGAGUCCCUCUGUUACUUCGGCAACGCGCUAUUUACUACUCUUUGCAGUACGUACGAGGGGAUGCAUCAAACAUUCAAGAGGUCUUGGAGGGCUCUCAUGUUCCUCCAGACAUGAGGCUGAAGUAUAGGAAGUGGGUGAAUCCAGAUAAUAUCCCUGAGGAAUUUAAGGUCAGAGGCUACAAACCACACCAGCCCUGUGAAUACAAGCCUGAAAUUUUUGAGGAAGUGACAAGUAUCCGUGAGCCUACUCUGUGCCCACUGUUCGCUGAAGACASAGUUAUUCAGCAGCUGCCAGAAUCUUUCAUCCUGACCUGUGAAUAUGAUGUACUGCGGGACGAUGGCUUGUUGUACAAGAAGAGGCUGGAGGACAACGGGRUUCCAGUGACCUGGUACCACCUUGAGGAUGGRUUCCAUGGAAUUAUAAAUCUGUUUGAUUAUGGUAAUCUGUCAUUUCCAGCUGGGAAAAGGGGAUUGGACAGAGUAGUUGCAUUUAUAAAAGGCCUGUAAAAAGAACUCUCCCUCUUUUUGUUUCUCCCACUAAUGUCUCUGCUUAGGCUCCCAAACUUUGGGUAAUGCUGGUCAGCAAGAAUGUGACACCCUUUGAUGUGUAAAAUACUAAUUCUGAUAUCCAUGAACUUCAAAUUAACACAGCUCUUUUCCUCAUGAGACUCUUGAYGGUUCAAUCUUUGCAGUUUUUCUAUGUGCUGUGUUUUUUUCUAAUUGGCAUAUGAUUGAUUCCUUGUCUUUAAUUACUAAAUUAUUUACCUUGUACAAAUAAUCUAUGUGAAAUGAUUUGGAUUAAAUGCUAUUCAAUACAGCCACAAUCUUUGUGAU